CCGGCCAGACCGCUCCGCGGGGCGGAGAGAGGGUGUGCGACGGCCACUGGGCCUGACCGGGCGGUCCACGCGGCCCCUCGAGCGGCCAGCGCCCCGACGGCGCCCGUCCUCCAGCUUGCGGAUGCUGAGUUAAGCGCGGCGGCGGCGGGAUGUUGGCGCUACUGGCCGCCGGUGUGGCGCUCGCCGUGGUCGCCGGGGCCCAGGACGACCCAGCUCCCGGCAGCCGCUUCGUGUGCACGGCGCUGCCCCCGGAGGCAGCGCGCGCCGGCUGCCCGCUGCCCGCGAUGCCCAUGCAGGGCGGCGCGCUGAGCCCCGAGGAGGAGCUGCGGGCCGCAGUGCUGCAGCUGCGCGAGACCGUCGUGCAGCAGAAGGAGACUCUGGGCGCCCAGCGCGAGGCCAUCCGCGAGCUCACGGGCAAGCUGGCGCGCUGCGAGGGGCUGGCGGGCGGCAAGGCGCGGGGCGCGGGGGCCACGGGCAAGGACACUAUGGGCGACCUGCCGCGGGACCCCGGCCACGUCGUGGAGCAGCUCAGCCGCUCGCUGCAGACCCUCAAGGACCGUCUGGAGAGCCUCGAGGUCCAGCUCCGAACAAACACCUCCACCGCGGGGCUGCCCGGUGACUUCCGAGAGGUGCUCCAGCAGCGACUUGGGGAGCUGGAGAGGCAGCUGUUGCGCAAGGUGGCAGAGCUGGAGGAUGAGAAGUCCCUGCUCCACAAUGAGACCUCCGUUCACCGGCAGAAGACUGAGAACACCCUAAAUGCGCUGCUGCAGAGGGUAACUGAACUGGAGCGAGGUAACAGUGCAUUUAAGUCACCAGAUGCAUUCAAAGUGUCCCUCCCCCUCCGCACCAACUACCUGUAUGGCAAGAUCAAGAAGACGCUGCCGGAGCUGUAUGCCUUCACCAUCUGCCUGUGGCUGCGGGCUAGCGCCUCGCCAGGCCUUGGCACCCCAUUCUCCUAUGCUGUGCCUGGGCAGGCUAACGAGAUUGUGCUGAUAGAGUGGGGCAACAACCCCAUUGAGCUGCUCAUCAACGACAAGGUUGCACAGUUGCCCCUGUUCAUCAGUGACGGCAAGUGGCACCACAUCUGUAUCACCUGGACGACGCGUGAUGGCCUGUGGGAGGCUUUCCAGGAUGGAGAAAAGCUGGGCACUGGGGAGAACCUGGCCCCCUGGCACCCCAUCAAGCCAGGCGGGGUGCUGAUCCUUGGGCAGGAGCAGGACACUGUGGGGGGCAGAUUCGAUGCCACACAGGCGUUUGUGGGAGAGCUCAGCCAGUUCAACAUCUGGGACCGCGUUCUCCGCACACAGGAGAUCAUCAGCAUCGCCAACUGCUCCACAAACAUGCCAGGCAACAUCAUCCCCUGGGUGGACAACAACAUCGACGUGUUUGGAGGGGCUUCCAAGUGGCCAGUGGAGACGUGCGAGGAGCGUCUCCUGGACUUGUAGCCACCUUCUCCCUGUCCAGGAGGCCAGGAGCAGGCUGUUCCUGAGGGGGCUUCAGGGCCACUUACUCCCCAGUUGAACUUCGUAAAACCUCUUGCCCCAGUGGGUUGGACCCCAAAGCCUGUCCCCAGGGAAACUCUAAGACCGAUGCCAUGAGGCAUCAUUUGUCACCAUCUUAUUUGUUCCUUUCCAAGAUUGUAGUUUUGGGGGUUAGUGCCAGAAUCGCCUGGGUAGAAGUCCCAAGCCACAAGUGGGCAAACAGCUGACUUCCUGCUGGAGGUGAUGUCCAUAAGCCCCUCUCCUGUAAAUGCUAGCGCAGCCCAGUCCUGCCUGUCCUCUCAGAUCCCUGGUGUCCUGUGUGUGCCUUCUGUUUGUCCCUCGUGUGUAGAGUGCAUUCCUGCUGUCAGCUGAGCACGAAGCAAAAACAGCCACCCCGAUCUGCCAAGGAUCUGUGCCCGUGUCCUGUGCAUCAAGUCUGUCCCUGUGAGGAAGUCUAGCUGGUGGAGGGCUGGCUGCCCAGACAAACUCUGUCUUUCCCAAAGCAGGAGAGGGGUUGCUGGCUCCGAGGGGCGACCCAGACAGAGAAAGGCCACAGCAGCUGUCCCCUGCCCCUCUGCCACAGCUUCUUCAGACCCAUGCUUUGAAGGAACCACUCAUCUGGUGCCAAAAGUUCAUAUGCAGCUUCUACACGGCCUGGGGGCUUUAUUUUUCCGCAUCAGAAAAGAACAGCCAUUAGAAGGCUCCCAUUUUUUACAUAUUGCCACUGUGAGGAGUGUGUCCAUUUUUAAUCCAUGUUGAUGCCUGAAAGCAUCUGUCCCCAUUGACUGUUUCCCCCAAGAACGUUUAAGAAAAUGAAUGUCAUUUGGCUGAUGUUUGCCCAGUGACUCCAGGAUGCUUAAUAUUUCUGUAAUUUAUUUUAAAGAGAAUGUGAUUAAGUGGGGAAAUUUAUAAAGCUAAAUAUUAUAUAUUUUAUUUUUCAUACCUGUUAGAAGUGCGAAUCUGUGGAAAUUCCAUUUGUAGGACCAAGUUGACAUGCCCAUUCUGACAUUGUAUGCCACGAGAACUCUUCUGAAGAUGGAAUUUUGAUUAAAGUGCACUGGAAGUUGC